CACCAGACCGUGUCGCUGCAAGAAAGUCGCAAUUUCGCGCCAUAACUUGUUUCUAUCUGCCGCGGAGCGGCCUCAUCUAUCUGUCCACGUAAUUUAGUGCCUAACUUCUCUGCGAGGAUCAAAUUCCGUGCCAUGUCGCGCGCUCGGACGCUGGCAGCCGCUGCGCUGCUGGUGGCGACAAUUCUUGUGUCGCCAGCGGCUGCGUUUUACUCGUCGAAGGGCCCGGUUGUGGAGCUCACCAGCAGCAACCUCAAGGACAAGGUUAAGGGCGCUGGCGUGAUGCUUGUGGAAUUCUACGCUCCUUGGUGCGGUCACUGCAAGGCCCUGAAGCCGGCCUGGGAGCAGGCUGCCAAGGCGCUCAGGGGCAUUGUGGCUGUGGGCGCGGCGGACUGCGACACGCACAAGGAGGUCGCGGGCGAGUACCGCGUGCAGGGCUUCCCCACCAUUAAGCUGCUGUAUGUGGACGACGCCUCGGGCUCCAUCAAGACGGUGGACUACAACGGAGGCCGCACCGCCAAGGAGCUGGUCACCUUUGCGCUGGACAAGGCCAAGAGCCUGGCUCUGAAGCGGCUGGGCGAGAAAGCCGACAGCGGCAGCAGCAGGGGCUCGGGCGCGGGCAACGGCGGCGGCUCCGACAACGGCUUCUACCAGGGCACUGACGUGAUUGUACUGACGGAGGACAACUUCAAGAGCCAGGUGGUUAAGAGCGACGAGCUGUGGCUGGUGGAGAUGUACGCGCCCUGGUGCGGCCACUGCAAGGCCCUGAAGCCGGCCUGGAUUGAGGCGGCUGGCGAGCUGGCCGGCAAGGUGCGGCUGGGCGCCGUGGACUGCACCGUGCACCAGUCCGUGUGCCAGGAGUACGGCGUGCAGGGCUAUCCCACCAUCAAGUUCUUCGGCCAGAACAAGCGCUCGCCCGAGGACUACAAUGGCGGCCGCGACUCGGGGUCCAUUGUGGCCUGGGGCAACUCCAAGUUCGCGGCCAUGGUCCCGCCCCCUGAGCCGGUGGAGCUGACCAGCGCGGACGUGUUUGGCAAGGAGUGCGUCGGCGACGCGUCCGGCGCCAAGCCCAAGCGCAUGUGCAUCAUCGCCUUCCUGCCCAACCUGCUCGACUCUAAGGCUGCAGGCCGCAACCGCUACAUCAAGACGCUCAAGGGCCUGGCCGAGGCGUACAAGGACAAGCCCUACUCCUACCUGUGGGUGGAGGGCGCGCAGCAGCCCGCGCUGGAGGCCAACUUCGACGUCGGCGGCUUCGGGUACCCGGCGGUGGUCGCCUUCAACCCCUCCGAGAAGAAGUACACGGUGUGCAAGUCGGCCUUUGAGCUGUCUCACGUCAAGGAUUGGAUGGAGACCAUGCGCAUGGGCGGAACCGGCGCAGUGCCCCUGCACGGCUCCCUGGCCACCCCCAGCAGGCUGACGCCCUGGGACGGCCAGGACGCCCAGGAGGAGGCGGUGGACGAGUUCAGCCUGGACGACAUCCUCAACGAGGAGCUGUAGGCCGUGCAGGGUGGCACGAGGAGGCUGUAGCACGGCAGGCUGCAGCGCAUGUGGGCUGUAGCACGGCGGGCUGUAGCCGGAGGCUGUUUAGCUGGUUGUUCAGGCACGUGGGCGCCAAACGCUGGCGUUGAGGAGGCUAGGAGACAGGAAGUCGCUGCGACUCGGUGUGAAUCCGGGAGCGAUGGUGCAGAGUUGGAGGGAAAGCAGGCCAGGUGGCCCCGCCAAGGCCACGGGGGAGCCCAGUUUGGGGGCACGGCGUGCGAUGGUGGCGUGUGUGGCUGCCACGUGGUCGGACAGGAAUGCGGCAGGCAGUACGGUGUCACGGUGGUACUGUGUGUCGAUCAACGCUUUUGGGCUGACAGUAGCCAUGAGUUGAGUUGUGCCGUGACAGGACGAUCCCCAAUUUUGCUUUUGGGAAGGGGACGUAAUUCAUGGCGUCUACGCCGCGUCGGCACCUGAUGCCGUGCGCCCCGUGUGUGAAACAUCUGCAACCAACUCUUCUCACGGUACUCCCAAAACCGUAUCACGCUCCUGCUUAUAUGCUACCUUUUUGUACCACACAUUCUCUUCUGACGCGUCUCCGACAGCCUCACGCCGUCACGCGUCCCUCACUCCCUCCUCCCGCUCACGUAUCCCUCAACAACCUAGUGCAGUAACCUAUGUGUAGCAGGGUCGCCGGUAUCAGCACCUGGCACUUGCCAGUUGCUUCAGCUUUUCAUGCCGACAAGUGUUGCUGAUCUUCCUUGGGAACUUGAAGUGCAGCCUACUGCCAACACUCCACCUCCUGACCUCCCAGCCACCAACGGCCACUAGUGCAGCGCUCACAGCACCCUGACCUCCAAGACAUACCAUACCAGAACACC